AUGUCAAGUAAAUUUACCACUCGCUCUGACAAUUCCCCACGCACACCAGUCAUUAUCAUUGGAGCUAUAGCCGGCGGUCUCAUAUUACUUGCCAUGGCGGGAAGCUUGUUAUACCUCUUUUCGCGCAAGGAACGGGCCCGGCGACGCAAUGCCCAGGAGUUCUCCCCAGUCCAGCCGCCCCCGGCCUAUAAGGAGGAACUAGGGUCGCCAAGAAACCUCCAACCCCAGCCCCGGCCGCUCUCCUCUUUUGCUCCGGACUAUAGUCGCCAAGCCCAAUAUCACCAUCACCAUCACCAUCAACUGUCUCGAAACGAACAGCCCCCACCGUACCCCACAUUGCCCACGUACGAUCCAUCACAGUACCAACCCAUACGGCCAACUUCGAUGGUUGGCGACAUGCGUACUUAUUACCAACCCGGCCCCUCCUCCCGGUUAAGUGCAGUUCACUACAGUGAUGCGAGACUGUCCACCUAUCAUCCCGUGUCAUUAGCCGACCCAGGGCCUGUUAGGCCGGAUAAUGCAGGGAGUCGAGACACGCGGGACAUUCGAAAUAUUCAAAACGUUCGAGACAAUCGAGACAAUCAACACAGUCAUCACCAAGAUCGAGGGCGGGGCCGAGAGGGAGAGGGUCGUGAGAGGAGUCACUCGGAGCCAAUGCUUUCGGGCCAACCCGCCCCUAAACCGCCUAAACCCGUUUUGUCGCGGCUGAUCACCAAUUUCCGUUGA